AUGGUAGAUCUAGAACAAAAACAUUCCAUUCCUGUACGUCGAGUAAAAUUUUUGCUUCGGCUACUUAGAGGCCGUUUGGAGGUUGAUCUAAAUAAAGACAAACUUCUCUUUAAACAUAUGUGUCACGAAAUGGAAAGACUAAACAAUGGGGAAGAUGUUUCUUUCCAUGAUAUUCUGAGUAUGCUCUCCUAUCGGAGUGUUGAUAUUCGUAAAUCAUUACAAUUAGAUGAAUUAGUACAGAGAGAAGAAUUGGAAUAUUUAAUAGAAGAAGAGGUGGCAAAACAGACAAUUCGUGAUUGGUUAGAAUCUUGUUUAAUUAAAAAUAAACAAUUAAAAAAACAACAACAAGAAACGGCAAUGGGGGAUUUACUUACACAAAUAAGAAGUACUACAACAACACAAACUUGUCAAACAAAAUUAUUAUUAAAACAGCCAAUAAGUCCUAAAAAACAAAUUAAAUGUGAUAGAAAAGAAAGUUCUCCAAAUAAAAAAAGUAGUGAAGGAAAUUCUGAAAUAGUAAAGAACGAAGGACCUUUUGUUAAGAAUGAAGAACAAACAAAUAAGGUUGCCGAAAAAGUUGAUAAACGACGUCGUAGCAGUAGUAUACCAGAAUUAGUUGAGGAGGCAAAACGUUUUGUUUGGGGUGGUCGACUAAAAUCAUUACCACGUAUAAAUUUCGGUCGUCAAAGACAAUUACAAUCUACAAAUACUUCAAUAAAAGAGGAAGGAGUAACAGGAAGUAAUAAACAGCCAGACAGACCAACAAUUUCAAUAAUAUCAGAAUUAAUUGCUGGGCAAAUGUGUCAACAACAACAAUUAUUUGAAAUUGCCACAAAAGAUCAAAAUAUUUCUUUAAAUAAAAAUCAAAUUGAAGAAAAUAGAAAAUCUUCCCUAAGUCCAAGGACAGGAAAAACACACCUUUCCCCUACAACAUUUUCAAUUAAACGAGAAAGGGAAGAAGAAACAGAAAAAUUAUCUGUAGAAGAAACAGAUGUCCGUAGAUUGUCUUUAGCUGCUUAUUUGCAACAGCUUGACUCAACUAAUUAUUCAAAUAAAAGGAAGAUUCGUGCCACAACUCAACAACAGAUAAAUAGUAUUAACGUAGAUAAUGUAUUAGAUUGGUGGGAUAAUAUUGAAUAA